UAAAGCGGGGAAUUCACUAGACGGGCAUGUCCGCGGGCAAGCCUGCAGGCAAGUCCGACGGGCUUCGCUACUAUCAUGUCUGUGCUUUAUCAGUCAGUGUAGUACUGCCGCGGGCGGUCUGGCAGACUGCCCGUUGGAAGUCCGCGCGAUCUCAUUUUGUCUGCACAGGCACCGACAGGUCCGAGCGUGAAUGCUUAGUCCAGGCGGCCUGUGGACAGAUAUGACAGUGACAGCUAGCCAAACUGACGUCCGCUUAUUAUCGUUUCGACGAGUUAUGGAGUAUUUUUAAUUUAAAAUGAGUUUUAAUGAGAAUAAAAUGUUCUGGGAAGAAUUUAUAGCUGAAUACAAAACUUAUCCAUGUUUAUGGAAGGUAAAAAGCAAGGAAUUUAUGAAUAGUGAAAUGCGUAAUACCGCCUUUCAACAUUUGAUUGAAAAAUGUAAAGAAAUUUAUCCCGGAGCUGAUUUAGCGUAUGUUAAAAAGAAAAUAGAAUCCCUAAGGAAUUCCUACAGGCGUGAAUUGCGCAAAAUACGUAAAUCAACUAGAACGGGUUCAUCAACAGACGAGGUUUAUGUACCUUCUCUUUGGUACUUCAAUCUGCUUCAGUUCACUUCUGAUCAAGAGGAAGCCCGAGCUGGAAUAUCUUCCUUAAACUCUCCGCCUGAUUCUUUGACAGAUGAGUCAUUGAUGACUGAGCCUCCUAGUCCCAGUAAUUCAUCGGAUGCGCCAUCUCAAAAGUCAACAUCCACCGUAAGAAAUAAAAAAGAAACUACAACCCUUGCUCAAAAAAAAGCUAAAUUUUUAGAUAUCGCCAGCAACGAACUCCAAAACCGUUAUACGAGUAAAGAGCAAGCGUUUGGGGACAGCGUAGCCCAUGAUCUCGAGAAAAUGGAAGAGCUACAAGGCAUCAUCGCGAAAAAAUUGAUUUCCGAAAUUUUAUUUAAUGGAAGAAUGGGCCUUUUAAAUGUCGGUUCAUCGAUAACUGUUCAACCCGUAGUUCAACCUCAAAAUAUAUCGUCGUAUUCAGGCCCACAACCCGUUCCAAGAUUCCAACCAACUGCUAUGCAGCCACCAAAUAUAAUUACGUUGUAUCCACGAAAUCGUCAACCAUAUGUAAACCAAGGAGAAUUAUCUGAGCAAGUGUCUGUUCCUAACUUAAAUAUAAUUGAUGAUGUUACAAUAAAUGAUAUUGAUAAUUUAAAUAAAUAUCUCAAAUUCAAUAAUAAUAAUAAUUGUUAAGUUUUACUCUACGUAUUUUAUAAUAAUAAAUAACUUACC